CCUUGGACCACUCAGGUAAGUACUAUUGAACCACACAGUGUCCUUACAAGGACACCCUUGGACCACUCAAGGAGAGUUUGACCACACCAGUUGACCGUGACGGUGCAGAUGGAGCACCCGCUGCUGCUCCUGCUGCCACAGCUGGCGGCAAAUAUGUUCCUCCCAGCAAGCGUGGAGCUGAAGGAAGGAUUGGGCUGGGAGAUACCAUGCCGGACCGUCGUAGAGAUGACACCGCGGCAAUCAGGGUGAGUAACAUAUCUGAGAACGCCUCAGAGAAUGACCUCCAGGAGCUGUUUAAAGCCUUUGGUCAUAUUGCCAGGAUAUUCCUCGCCAAGGACAAGGUUUCAGGACUCUGUAAGGGAUUCGCCUUUGUUAACUUCUACAAGAAGGAGGAUGCGGCGAAGGCGAUUGCUACCCUCAACGGCUACGGCUACGAUCAUCUUAUCCUUAGCGUGGAAUGGGCUAAACCCUCAACUGAUCGUUAAUUUGCCAUCUUCAAAUAAAAAAUUCCACAUUUA